AUGUCCGAGAAAGCAGAGGACCUGAAGGACAUAAUGCCCACUGAGCGCAAGUCCACGUGGAAGACGGCUGAGGAGAGACGCAUGUCCGACCUCACGCGGGUGCUGGAGUGGCUGGAGCGGAGGCAGGGCAAGAAGAAGCAAGCUGUCCAGAACAAAUCCAAGCAUGUGGUGACCAUUCAUAAAGCAAAUGGGACCGAAGGAAAUAAAACAAAAGGCAUCCGGAAACAGCAGCAGGGAGGAAACCGCCAGGUGCUUUUCCCUGGGCAGGUUUCAAGGCAAAGCACCAGGAAAAAUGGAGACACCUUCAUGUAUCGAAGGCUCUACGGGGUGGAGCGAAGGGGAAAACGCCUCAGCAUGGUUCCCAGCAACUACAUCAAGGAUGGCUCCAGGAAACCUGAUUUUGAGAUCAAGGAUGCACUCGCCAUGGAGUCCUCUCAGCGGGGAGGCUCAUACCAUCGACAAAGCAGUAUAGAUCCCAUUUACCAGGAUAGCAUCUUCACACGGAGGGGUACCCUCAUAAGAGACUGGACAACCAAGACACCUGACACCUCUUAUGAGCGCAAGCUGAAGUCCCUCAUGGAGAAGGGCACUGAGCCCAAAAUGGAGGCUGUCAAAAUGUUGAAGCCAGAGGAAGUGCUGAGCUGCCGGUACCUGAGGUUGUCCAAGAACAACAUCAAGACCUUGCUCAAGCUGUGCAAGGACGCAGGAAUGAACGUGGACAUCCACCCCCACAUGAUUGAGGGAGAUAUCAAUUCAAAAAUGGUGUUCGCCCAAACCCCCAGCACAGCCCUCUGA